AUGGGCGACCGAAGUACCAACCCGACUCAAGGCGGCGUCGACCCCGCCACAAACCCUCCUAAGGGCAAGGGCAAAGCAGACCCACAGGACGUGAGCAUGGGCGAGGAGGAAGAUAGCACCUCAGACGAGGAGACCGGCGCUGAAGAUGAUCAAAAAAUCAAUUCAUGGCGAGCCCUCAAUUCCCCCUCCAGCUACUUCCUCAUGACCGAGUUUGUUGCAUUGCAGCAGUCGCUAAAUGAUCAAUCCGAUCUUACAGUAGAAGAGGAAGAUGACGACAACAUGGAAGAGAUCGACACGAGCAACAUCCGCCCUUCUCGUACGCGAGGAAAACAGAUCGAUUGGCGCCAGGCAGCCGAGAAAAACAAGGACGAUCUCGGAGACGAGGAUGAGGACGAGGACGAUGAUGACUUCGAGGGAGGAGAGGAGGAUGAGGAGAUGGCUGGUUGA